AUGGGCCAAUUAUGUGAUCUUUGUAGAGAUCAAAGAUCCAUGGUGUAUUGCCAAUCUGAUAAUGCUUGCUUAUGUUUCUCCCGUGACUGGAAUGUUCACUCUACAAAUGUUAUUUCGAGGUGCCAUUCGAGGACUCAUGUGUGUGAAAGAUGUAAUUCUCAGCUUGCAAUAAUAAGGUGUAUUGAAGAGGAGAUCUCCUUUUGUUCAAACUGUUAUUGGAUUGGGCAUGUCAGUUGUACUUCAACUUCAGGACACGAGAGGCAGACUAUCAACUGUUAUUCUGGCUGUCCUUCAGUAGAAGAACUUUCAAAGAUCUGGUCAUUUGUUUUAGAAUCCCCUUCUGUGGAUGAUCCUAGUCGUGAGCAGGGAAGCGGUUUACUGGGCGUGACAGAUGGAAAUGGUGAUGACCGUUUGCUGCGUCAAGUACAUGAAGAAUGCUGUUUGGAUGGCAUUCUCUUCAGUGGCUGCUAUGGAUCCCCUGCCAGCUAUUGUUGA